AGAUGCAGUGUCAUAGUCAUCUUUUUCCUAGUGUACCUUCCAUUUAUUACCCUUUGUCUUUUGCCUUCAUUCCUUCUCCAUCACUAAAUUGCCCUUUGCUUCUCUUUUCUUUAUUAUUUAUACUUUUGCUACUACUACUAGAUUUGCAGGGGACAACCUAAAGUUCUCUCUUCUCCAAUUAGGGUUUUCCCCUUUAGAGGGUUUCACCAGUAAGUUAGUAUUGAACUUGUGAAGCUGAUCACUUAACUUCUUCUUUCAAUCUGCUACUGUUUUUUGUACUUUAAUUCCUUUUUGUAACUUUGACGAAACACAGCCAAGAUUUCUGAUUAAGGAGAGAGCUCCCUGAAAGAGAAAAAAAGCUACUUAGAGAUCAAGAAUGGCUUCAUCCAGCAGCUCAUACAACUCCCCUUGUGCAGCCUGCAAAUUCCUAAGGAGAAAAUGUCUACCUGGCUGCAUUUUUGCACCUUACUUCCCACCCGAGGAGCCUCAAAAGUUCAUUAACGUCCACAAAAUCUUCGGCGCAAGCAAUGUCACUAAGCUUCUCAAUGAGCUCUUGCCUCACCAGAGAGAGGACGCUGUCAACUCUUUAGCCUACGAAGCCGAAGCAAGAGUAAGAGAUCCGGUUUAUGGCUGCGUUGGGGCCAUCUCUUUCCUUCAACGCCAAGUUGAGCGCCUGCAAAAGGAACUCGACGCUGCUAACGCCGAUUUGAUUCGCUAUGCUUGCAAUGAGUACACACCCCCGCCGCCUUUACCUGGAACACAAGGAAUUAACAUGGCUGGUUUUCGCCAAAGGCCGGUUGAGUUUAGUAGAGGUUUUCAUCAAACACCUAGUUUUUCUAUCCCUAAUAAUUGGAAUGAUCAAAACUCUUCUGCUGGAAAUAUCCAUGGAGGAGGAGGAGGAGGAGGAUCAAGUAUUUGAUCAAUCAACCAAAAUUUAUAGAGGGUCUGGGGUUUUCUUUCUAGGGUUUGUGACCCUCUUAAGAGAAUGGUGUGCUACUUAAAUUUUAACUACUUUCGCUAUGGUUUCCCUAUAGCUACUAGCCCUUUUUCACAAAAUUCACCGUCCUAGCUAGAACAUCGAGUCCUAUUUUUCUCUUGAAACUAUAUAUUAUUCUACUCUUACUGCUGAACUUGAAAAUAUUUCCUAAGUAUUUUAUAUUGUGGCUAGAUGUUCUGUCAUAUUUAGAGACCAUCUAGAUGUGGCAUGGAAAGUCUAUGGCCGCUACACUUUCGUUUUAUGUUAGUAUUAUUGGGUCUAGAAAAAAAGUCAUGCCUAUUUAAGGUGUAGUAAUUUAUG